AUGACGGCUCGAACCAUGCUGUCGAAGCGAGCAAGUUGGCGCGAGCAGCCCAGCCACGAGCUCCCGGAAGUGCGUGCCAACUUGAGACGAAUUCUGCUCCUUUCCGAAGUUGCACGUUGUAAAGCUGAAUACGAGUUCCUCGACAACUACAUCCAGAACGUGAAAUAUUUCCGUGAGCUGCCACCGAGAGAUCGACUGCGAUUUCUGAAGGCGGCGAAAGGUAUUGAGCUGGACGAUGGAGAUGCUCUCUUUCGCGUUGGUGAUCGCGCCGACGCCUUCUACUGCAUCAUGUUCGGCACAAUGAGUGUAGUCAUGGACUUCUCGCGGAUGGCAGCUCCGACGCUGAACGAGUUUGAGGAGAUCAUGAACCGUGCUCGCGUGCAUUCGAGCUUCCUAAAUCCAGGUGGGAAGCUCGAUAUGUCGCACGACGCUACAUACGUUGUCCGUACCAUGAAGCCGCUAGAGGUGUUUGGUGAUGUCGGUCUGCUGCUUGAAGAGCAACAACGUACAGCUUCUGUUGUGGCCACGGAGACGACCUUGCUAAUGCAAAUUGAUCGUGAUACAUUCAUGGCACUACGAGCUCGCAACUUGUCAAGAGAACUUCGGUAUAAAAUGGCAUUCUUGGCUGGAGUAGCUUGCUUGGAUCACUGGGAAGACGAAGGCAUUUUAAAGCUGUGCGACCGAAUGGAGAAGAUCCAGCACACAUACAACGAUGUCGUCGUCGCUGAGGGCGAACCUUCAAAUCAUUUCUACUUUAUCAAACAGGGAGAGUGCAGACUUGUCAAGCGCUACUCCGCUCUCGAACAAAAACAUAUUCACCAAGGUCGUAAGCAACCUUGUUUUGUUGAAAUAUCCCCCAUCAGCAGUCAGCAUUAUUUCGGCUUCUAUGAGGCAAUUAUGUGUGUGCCCAAUGCAGUCUUUUCAGUCCUCGUGUCUUCGCCAACGGCGAUUCUGUACCGGGUCGACCGAGUCGACUUCCGACAAAUUGUAUUGAAAGACGCGACGACAGAGCAACUGUUGCGUCAGGAAGCCAUUGGUCUAACUGCAUGUGCCGAUACUACCAGUGUGAUGCGCGAUUUGAAGCGGGAGACCAAGUGGAGCCAAUAUAAAAAAGAUUUAGUAGACUCGGUUCUAUCGAGACAUGAGGAAGAGCACAUUCCCAUCAUGGGACCCAGACCUGAUCUGGGUGGCUAUCACUCAGCACGUGAACCAAAGUUCUGCCUUCCAAAACUACCAACGUCACCAGCCUCUGCGAGAGGCUCACAAACGGAACGAGAAGUCCCGGGGGUCUCCUCUGGUCGACUUCGACGAGCGCAGAAACCCCUAAGCGACUACCCGAAGGCAUCGCCACGCCGCUCACGUGGACACGAUGGCAGUUGGCUCGACUGGGCUCAACAACGCGCUCGAAGCGGCGACAGUACGAGUUCAGGCCGCGCUGACAAGAAUGAACAGGGACUGAUGAGCAAUGUUCAAUGGGGCAAGACCUCGCAAAUCAUGGGUAAGCUACGCAACGAUGAAGACAAGGUCUCCACGGCCAUCGUUGAUUUGUUCAAAAAGAAGGGUGAACACUAG